CCAGGUUCUUCACUUCCUCCCUGGACAGAAGGAAUUGAGCAUUCUUUCAGGAAGUGGCCACCACAGAAAGCCCCUGCUGUCUCGGCCAUCCUGUGGCUCGCACACUGUGAAUCAUAGUGCGAUUCUUGUAGCGGCCACUGGGGAAGCAACCCUCAGGUCUGCAGGCACCAGCUCCAGGGCAAAGUGCAAGAGCCCCUGUUUAGAUGUUGGGUCCUGGAAGCUUUUCCUAGCAUUUGCAAAGAGACUGUUGUUGUUCUUCCGUGUCUUUUUUGGAAAAGAGAACUUGUGCUGGCACAAAGGAUAGUAAGGAGCUGAGCCACCCCUGAAGACCAUGAACCUCUCUUCUGAGCUCUGUAACAUCUCAGACUGGUUGAGGCUGGAAGCAACAGUGAAGACCUCUGUGUAUGUGGUCACUUCCUCCUUUGCCGUGCUCAUCACUGUCAUCGUUAUUACCACAGUGUCACAGAAUUUGAGGCUGCGGAGAAAGAUCCGAUACAUCCUCCUUUGCCAUCACCUGCUGUGCAUCUCCUCCUACUGUGCUGGGGUUGUUUUCCAAGGAAUGCGGGCCCUGCUGGCCAACAGCCCCCUGCUGAUUUGCUGGGUGGUGUUUGGGGCAGAGCUCAGCGUUGGCGAAGGGAUUCUCUUCAUUUUGGCCUUGAUGGCUCUCCACACCUACCUGAUGAUUUGCUGGCCCCUGAAAUCUCUGUCCUUAGUAGAUUCAGUGAAAUACAGGAUUCUGGCUGGGGUUUGGGCAGUCAUUGUGUUUAAGAACGUUUGCUUGUUCCUCAUAGAGGGCAUUAGCCCCACCCCGGUUGCUAUUUUAACAUCUGUACCCCUUUGCCCUGUGACCUUGAAUGGCAUACCUGCCAGGGCCACUGGCAUGCUUUUCCUUUUCCUUCCUCUGUCUGUCAUCCUUGCAAGUUACUUUCUGAUAUAUCAGGAAGGGAAGUGGGCUGGCCAUUUCACUAAGUCAAACUCCAAAGCAAAGCAAACAGUCCUUACUCAUCUUCUGCAGAUAAGUCUGCAUGUAGUGCCCACCCUGGUGGUCGUGGGUUUGGGAAAGAAGUGUGGGGUAUUUUUCUCUGCUCUAAACCUGGUCCUUUUCGGUGUCUUUGCAUUUGCCCAGUGUUUUAACCCGCUGGUCUAUGGGCUCUGGAACAGAGAGCUACAAGGCAGACUGUACCAUUGGCUGGGCUGUCGGGGGAGCUGUGGUCACUUGAUGACUGGAAGGGGGUCACCUUGGGCAAAAGCUCAGCCGCGUGAAUGAGCAGCUGCAGUCCUAAUGGACCAUCACCUAAGGUCGAGGACCCGCCUUCCAUUCAACCCCAAACAGGGACCUUCAUUUGACUCUGAGAGUACAUGAGUAGAUCAGAGUUACUUGGUUGGUCUACAGUUUUAUUGUUUGCUAUGCACAGUGACUUGGCUUCAUUGACAUUAUUUAGGUGUGUUGAAUUCCCAACCCAGAGAGCGCUUUUGACAGCCUGCCCUGCUGCAUUUUGUCAGCCUGCCCAAACUGCAUAUUGAGAAUGCACUUGUUGUUCAAAACUGAGGAAUGCCCAGGUUAAUGUGAGACAAAGUCUGGCUCUCCCCUUUAUACUAAUUAAGGGUAGGUUGGGCUGCAGAUAGGAAUAGAAACAUCAGCCAAAACAUCAGUAACUUCAAAAAGUCGGAGGUUUUUUUUUUUUUUCUAGUAUGAAAGAAGCCUAAAUAACCCAGGUCUAGGCAGCUCUGCAGUCAGCAGGCUCCUUCUCUCUAUCCUGCCAUGAGUUGUGUUCUACCUCAUGGCACAAAAUAGCUGAUAGUGCUCCUAUCAUCACAUUUGUACUUUAGCCCAUAGAAAGGAAGAACGGGCAAAGGGUCUGCACCCAUCUUUGAAAGACACUUUAUAGGAGUUACAUAUUUUCAUUUUGUACAUCUAACUGGCUAGAAUGUAGACACACAACUAAGUUUAGCUUUAAGAAAGAGUGGAAUAUGUUGGGUAGCACUGUUCUCAGCUAAAAAUUGGAGUUCUUAAUACUAAGAAAGGUACAAGUGUGGUGGAACAUGCCUAUAAUCCCAGCACUAGGGAGGCUGAGCCAGGAAGAUUGCCAUGAG